GGAAGGAUUUUUCUGUAGAUGAGCGGGAAUCGGGACUAAUAAAAGGGAACGUGCGACCCCGCGUCUCGAGUUGGCGGUACCCGGUCUUGGGCUCACCGGGGCCUCGGCCCCAGGACCUGACAGUUGGAGUCAGGGACCACAACUGGGAGAACUACAAGUCCCAGGAUGCCGCACGCUGCCUGCGCGAGAGCGCUGCGACGCCUCAAGCAGCCAAUGGGAGGAUCCGGGGGCGGGAACUCGGCUCACGUGCGUCAUGACGCGCCGAGGCGACGUCGGGGUUUGUGUGCGCGAGAGGCCGCCGAUAAAGGUUGGGUGCCUCGCGCCGGGGGCCGUGGGGAGGGAGUACGCCCCCGCCCCCCCUCCCCGGCCCCCACAGCUGCACCGCCGCUGCCGGGGCCCUACCUUCCCGUCGGCCCCCGCGGGAAGGUCCUGGGGCUCCCACCCUCGUUCCCCCGAUUGGGGCCGCAGAGGCAUGAUCAAGGACAGGAUUGCCUGCCAAGAACAGGAGGGGAGAGGAGGGGCUGGAGGUUUCAGGAGGAAGCUCCGUGGCAAGUAGUCACCUGGAGAGUGCACGGAUCGGAGAGGUGUGUGAUGGUCGGUUCACACGCGGACAUGGCGCCGGCCUCUACUGCGGAGGGGACCGGUGAGAAGCCAGGCUCUGCGGCCCCGGCGGCCCAGUAUGAGUGCGGGGAGUGCGGCAAGUCAUUCCGGUGGUCCUCCCGGCUCCUGCACCACCAGCGCACGCACACAGGCGAGCGGCCCUACAAGUGCCCAGACUGCCCCAAGGCCUUCAAGGGCUCCUCGGCCCUGCUCUACCACCAGCGAGGCCACACCGGUGAGCGGCCCUACCAGUGCCCAGACUGCCCCAAGGCCUUCAAGCGCUCCUCCCUGCUGCAGAUCCACCGCAGCGUGCACACCGGCCUGCGGGCCUUCAUCUGCGGUCAGUGUGGCCUGGCCUUCAAGUGGUCGUCCCACUACCAGUACCACCUAAGACAGCAUACAGGCGAGCGGCCCUACCCGUGCCCGGACUGCCCCAAGGCCUUCAAGAACUCGUCCAGCCUGCGGCGCCACCGCCACGUGCACACCGGCGAGCGGCCCUACACCUGCGGCGUCUGCGGCAAGAGCUUCACGCAGAGCACCAACCUGCGACAGCACCAGCGCGUGCACACGGGCGAGCGGCCCUUCCGCUGCCCGCUGUGCCCCAAGACCUUCACCCACUCCUCCAACCUGCUGCUGCACCAGCGCACCCACGGCGCCGCCCCCAGCGCCGCCCCCACUCCCGCCCCGGGCCCCGCCCCCGCGGCCCCGCCCCCCCAGCCCCAGGAGCCCAGCGGCAGCAAGGUCUUCGUGUGCGACGCCUACCUGCAGCGGCACCUCCAGCCGCACAGCCCGACCGCGCCUCCCGCCCCGCCGCCCCCGCCCCCGCCCCCACCCGUGGUACCCGAGCUCUUUUUGGCGGCGGCGGAGACCACGGUGGAGCUGGUGUACCGCUGUGAUGGCUGCGAGCAGGGAUUCAGCAGCGAGGAGCUGCUCGUGGAGCAUCAGCCGUGUCCCGGGCCCGAGGCGGUGCCCCAGCCCCAGGACGCACCCGCCGAGGCGCCCAACGCCGACCCGCUACCGUCCCCUCUGUCGCAGCCCCCUCCUGCCGCCCCCGCCCCCGCCCCUGGUUUUGCCUGUCUGCCCUGCGGCAAGUCCUUCCGGACGGUGGCGGGGCUCUCCCGCCACCAGCACACCCAUGGGGCUGCCGGCGGGCAGGCGUUCCGCUGCGGCAGCUGCGACGGCUCAUUUCCGCAGCUGGCCAGCCUCCUGGCGCAUCAGCAGUGCCACGUGGAAGAGGCGGCGGCCGGGCGCCCGCCCCCGCAGGCUGAGGCUGCCGAGGUCACCUGCCCCCAGGAACCGCUGGCGCCCGCCGCCUCAGCCCCGCUGCCACCCGCACCCGCCCCGGCUUCUGCAGAGCGGCCCUACAAGUGUGCCGAGUGCGGCAAGGCCUUCAAGGGCUCGUCGGGGCUGCGCUACCACCUGCGGGACCACACCGGCGAGCGGCCCUACCAGUGCGGCGAGUGCGGCAAGGCCUUCAAGCGCUCCUCCCUGCUGGCCAUCCACCAGCGUGUGCACACCGGCCUGCGGGCCUUCACCUGCGGCCAGUGCGGCCUCACCUUCAAAUGGUCGUCCCACUACCAGUACCACCUGCGGCUGCACUCGGGCGAGCGGCCCUACGCCUGCGGGGAAUGCGGCAAGGCCUUCCGCAACACGUCGUGCCUGCGGCGCCACCGCCACGUGCACACCGGGGAGAGGCCCCACACCUGCAGCGUCUGCGGCAAGAGCUUCGCACAGACCUCCAACUUGCGGCAGCACCAGCGUGUGCACACCGGCGAGCGGCCCUUCCGCUGCCCGCUCUGCCCUAAGACCUUCACCCACUCCUCCAACCUGCUCCUGCACCAGCGCACGCACUCGGCCGAGCGCCCCUUCACCUGCCCCAUCUGCGGUCGUGGAUUCGUUAUGGCCGCCUAUCUGCAGCGGCACCUGAGGACUCACGCCCCGGCCAACACGGCUCCCAGCACCACAGCCCCCGCCGCCGGUCCCCAGCCCCCUGCCCCGCUGGCCGCCGCCCCGGCCCCGCUAGCCACCCAAGAUGUCCACGUCCUGCCUCACCUCCAGGCCACGCUCUCUCUCGAGGUGGCGGGGGGCACGGCCCAGGCCCCGACCUUGGGCCCAGCGGCACCCAACUCUCAGACGUUUCUCCUGGUGCAGACUGCCCAGGGCCUCCAGCUGAUCCCCAGCAGCGUGCAGCCCCCUGCUCCUCCGCCCCCUCCCGCACCGCCCAAGCUCGUCCUGCUGCCCUCCUCCAGUGCUGGGGCGGGGGGCGGCCGUGCAAGGCAGGGGCCGCCGGCAGUGGGGAAGGCAGGUCAGGGGGCGGGAGUUGUCUGGCUGCCAGGCCCUGGGGGUCUGGGGGUGCAGGGAGCGGCCAGCACUGGGGCCAGCGGGGGAGGGCAGAGCCUCAUCGUUCUGCAGAAUGUAGGGGGUGGGGAGGCAGGGCCACAGGAAAUGAGUGGGGUGCAGCUCCAGCCCCUCCGGCCAGCCUCAGAAGUGACCACGGUCCAGCUCCAGCCGGCACAGGAAGUGACCACGGUCCAGCUGCAGCCGGCACAGGAAGUGACCACCGUCCAGCUCCAACCGGCACAGGAAGUGACCACGGUCCAGCUCCAGCCCGUGGCCGGCCAGCUCCCCAAUUCCAGUGGAGGAGCUGUGGCUGCUGAGGCGCCCAACCUGCUGGUGGUUCAGAGUGGGGCAGCUGAGGAGUUGCUAACGGGCCCGGGCCCCGGGGAGGCGGGGGAUGCUGAGGCCAGCACCGGUGUGGUCCAGGAUGUCCUCUUUGAGACCCUGCAGACGGACGAGGGCUUGCAGAGCGUGCUGGUGCUGAGCGGGGCGGAUGGCGAGCAGACCAGGCUCUGCGUACAGGAGGUAGAAACCCUUGCCCCUGGGCUGACCGAGCCGCCAGCCACCGGCCCACCGGGGCAGAAACUCCUCAUCAUCCGCAGCGCCCCGGCCACUGAGCUACUGGACAGCAGCAGCACCGCAGGAGGCGCCGCAACGCUGCAGCUCUUGGCCCCACCGCCGUCCGGCCCCGCCUCGGCUCCCGCGGCCCUCCCCGCGGCUCCAGCCUCCCAGAUGGUACAAGUGGUCCCCGCGGGAGCUGGGCCUGGUGUCAUGACCCCGCAGGGCCUGCCCUCCAUCCAGAUUGUGCAGACCCUGCCCGCAGUCCAGCUAGUGCACACGUUUUGAGGAGAGCCAGUGGUUCUCCCGCCCUACACAGAGACCCCGACUCACUGCAGGCCUGGGCCGGGGCGGGGCGGGGCGCGGCUGGGCGCUGCAGGCUGGGCUUGCUAAUAAAGACCCGAGUCUCCCCGCCUGUGUUUUGUUUUCCUGGGGGGAGGGAACGGGGCAAAGUCGUGGUCAUAGCCCCCGCCUGGGAGCGUGUAGUCUUAACUUCUGCGUCCUGCGGCCAGCCACCAUGUGGGGCCCAGUUUCCCUGUUCUGAAACCAAAAAGGACGCAGGGGUCACCACAGCGGGAAGGUGGUGACGUCAGAGUCCAGCUAGUGCCACUUGUUGAGUGUGAGUAGCCCCGCCAUCCCCUCAUUUGGGAAAAGGGGAUCCUUAGGCUGGAGGACUCUGCGAGCCUGGGCGCCCCGUGGGUGGAAUGGGGGGGUCGGGCGCCGCUGGGCUGGAGGAUGCUGAGCGCGGCCCGCUCCUCCCGCGAAGGCCCCGGCACCGCGGAGAAUCCACCCGCUGGCAUCGCCGCCUGCGCUCAGGUUGCUCGGCAACGAGGGCACGUGGGGCGGGCACCCGCGCUGGUGCCCGCCCGCCGCCCGUCUCCUGCGGGCGCCCGCUCCCGUGUUUCCCCAGGUCCCCUUUCCCGCUGCUCCUUCUCUAGGGUAGGAGAAGUCACCUCCCCGGCCCUCCGCAGGGUCACCGUUCGGCUCCCCACGCCCGCGCUCCGGGGAGCUUAGCAACGGUUGCUACGGCCGGGAGCAGGCGCCGCGCCCCCGCGGGUGGCAUCACUUCCGCCGGCGACCCCUUUCCCGAUCCGCUCCGGGAGCCUGGUCAAAGGACCAAAGCGACCCACGCAGGUACACGAGCCAGCUCUCUUCUGGGGGGCGGGGGCCUGGGGGCUGCCAUGGCCUCCAGCCACCUGUCAGUGCGGGAGAUGAGGGAAGAUGAGAAGCCCCUGGUGCUGGAGAUGCUGAAGCCUGGACCCCGGAGCGGGAUCUUUUCCUCCUGAACCUCAGUCGGCUCCCAGCUGGAAGUGCUGCUGAAAACCACAGCAGGCCGGCGUGAAGGACACUGAGAACCGCGUGGCCCUCCAUGCCCUGACACGGCCACCAGCCCUGCUCCUCCUGGCGGCAGCCAGCAGCGGCCUGCGCUUUGUCCUGGCUUCCUUUGCCCUGGCCCUCCUCCUGCCGGUGUUCCUGGCUGUGGCUGCUGUGAAGCUGGGCCUGCGGGCCCGAUGGGGCUCACUGCCUCCCCCAGGUACUUGUACAUCCACUCCCUCGGUGUGUCCUCAUCCACCCAGGGCCCAGAAGCAGAGGCCUGCUGAGGGGAGGAGCCUGGCCUCCGCCCACCAGCCGGCAGUGUGAAGUCUGCAGUGUUUGAGCUUCUCAGAGUGGAAUGACUCCUUUCCCUCCCUGGUCUCGAGGUCAGCCUCUCCAACCCCUACCUCAGCUCCGUCUGCACUGAGAAAUCUCCUUGGUCGAUGUGUCUGCAAAGCCAGUGCUGUCUGUGCCACAGGCCUGGGAGAGCUAUCUGGGGAGGGGGAGAGGAGGCCGAGCAGAAUAUGCCCCAGAGUUAGGAUUUGUGACUCCGCCUCCCUGGACCCGGAGUGGGUUAGAUGCCUGUCCUUGGAGGGGACCAGGUGGACUGCUUAGGGGUGGAAGUGCACAGGGCUGCCAGGCCUGGCCCCUCUCUGGAAAGGUGUAGAGCUGAGACGGCAGCUCUGGCUCUCCCUCCAGACCCGUCUGGUUUUCUACACCAUUUGCUAAUAAAGCCUGAAACCGCUG